GGAGGGGCGCUGGUGGGGAGGGAGAGGAAGCUGCGAGGCCUGGACGAGAAAAGAGCCAGCGACUCUCUAAAAACGUCAGGAGAGGCCGUGUCGCUUUGUAGCGAGCUCAGAAAAACGGCUGAAAAGCGAAUAUAGCCGUCUGUGUUGCGAGAAGCAGGACGUUUCCCCCGGCGCCGCCGUUAAAGACUGUUAGCGGCGCUUGACACGAGCUCAGUCCGCCCCCUCAGCACCACCUCGCCGGGCUCCACAAUAACAAGUGUCGGCGGCGCUUCACCCGAAACGAAACGAGGCCCCGGGGGGUCGAGGUGACGGCCAUGCCGUGUCUCGUCGCUUUUAGACGGUGAGGGGAAAGAAAUAAGGGCCGUGGCAGCGAUGAGGAGACGGGAGUCUCUCCUGCUGAAACUGUAGCCGCAGACAAACAGGCAGCAGCCCGGAGAGGAGCGGAGAGGACACCGGCCAUGGCGUCGGAGGAGACAUCCCUGCGUGCACUCGAAAGUCUGAUGACGGAGUUUUUUCACAGCUGCACUACCAAUGACCGCAAGAGAGAGAUUGAGGAGCUGCUGAAUAGUUUUGCUGGACAGCCUGGCUCAUGGAGGCACUGCCUCUACUUCCUCUCCAAUAGCAGAAAUGAAUACGUCAUGAUGUAUAGCCUUACAGUUUUUGAGAACUUGGUCAACAAAAUGUGGGUUGGUGUAGCCAGUGAGGAUAAGGCAGAACUUCGUAGCUGUUUGCCAAAGUUGUUGCUGUCUCAGCACACUCUGCUGCCGUUCUUCAUCAGAAACAAGCUUUGCAAAGUCAUUGUGGACAUUGGACGCCAGGACUGGCCAAUGUUCUAUCAUGACUUCUUUAGCAACACGUUACAGUUGGUGCAGUCCCCUUCUCUUGCUCCGCUGGGUUUGGUUCUGCUGAAGAUGACGUCAGAGGAGCUGGUGUGUCCGAGGGAAGAUUUGAGUGUUGCUAGGAAAGAGGAGUUGAAGAAACUCUUACUGGAGCAGAUACCCACUGUGCUAAACCUGCUUACUGGUAUUCUGGAAACGGUUUGGGAUAAGCACAGUGUCACAGUGACUACACCCCCUCCUUCACCCACAUCAAGAGAGACGGGUCUGAUGGUGGGCGACAGCACUCCAGUGGGACUGGAGUCGGAGAGUGGGACCCUGUGCCUGCUGGCUCUGGAAUGCCUGGCUCAUCUGUUCAGCUGGAUCCCCCUUUCCUCCUCCAUCACACCAGCCCUGCUGGCCUCCAUCUUCCAUUUUGCUCGCUUCGGCUGCCAGCUGCCAGUCAAGACCAAGCCCCUGCCCACCUCCAAUGGGAACUCCUCCCCCGGCAGCUUGCUGGCCAAUGGGAGUGAGGGUCAGGGAAGGACGGGGCAGAUGAUUGGCCAUGCUGACCGGGCUCGUCUGGGUGUCAUGGCGAUGAGCUGUAUUAACGAACUAAUGUGUAAAAACUGCGUCCCGUUGGACUUUGAGGAGUUUCUGCUUCGCAUGUUUCAGCAGACAUUUUACCUGCUGCAAAGACUCACAAACUCGCACUCACACACCAACACACACAGUGUCAAAAACAGACUGCAGGAGUUGGAUGAAAGUUAUGUAGAGAAGUUCACAGACUUCCUGCGACUCUUUGUUAGCGUUCAUCUGCGGAGGAUCGAGUCCAACACUCAGUUUCCUCUGGUAGAGUUUCUGGCUCUACUCUUUAAGUACACCUUUAACCAGCCAACACACGAGGGCUAUCUGGCCUGCUUGGAUAUCUGGAGUAUAUUCCUGGACUACCUGACCACCAAAAUUAGGAGCCGGCUGGCUGACAGAGAUAGUGUCUUAAACAGGUAUAAAGAUGCUUUAGUUCUGCUACUGAGAGAGGUUUUGAACAGAAUUCAAUUCAGAUUGAACCAGAGUCAGCUUGAAGAGCUGGACGAUGAAACCCUCGAUGAUGAUCAACAGACGGAGUGGCAGCGAUAUUUGCGUCAGAGUUUGGAGGUGGUUGCCAGGGUGAUGGAGCUGCUGCCGUCUCAGACCUUCUCCAUUUUGUUCCCAGUGCUUCAGGAGGACUUGGACAUUUACCUUGGACUCCAACAAUUUAUUGUUACCACACGAACAAAUCGCAGGUUGAACAUCACAGCAGAGGCUGACUGUAGGAAGCUGCACUGCGCACUCAGAGACCUCAGCUCUCUGCUGCAGGCUGUAGGACGUCUGGCUGAGUUUUUCACUGGAGAUGUUUUCACUGCUCGCUUUAAUGAUGCCCUGGCUAUUGUGCAGAGGCUAGUGGAGGUCACUUGUUAUGGCUCUCAGAUCAGUUUGUAUGAUGUCGAAAUGGCUGUCCCAUCAGUUCUUAAACCAGACCUUAUAGAUGUCCAUGCCCAGUCACUGGCUGCUCUCCAGGCAUAUUCUCAUUGGCUGGCUCAGUUUUGCAGUGAGGUGCAGCGGCAGCAGGAUCAAACUCAAUUCGUCGACCUGAUCACCUCCAGUAUGGCUGCAACUACGCCCCUCAUUAAUGCCAAGGUUCCAGAGAAAUUGCUGGUGUCUGCGUGCCAUCUUCUGGUCUCUAUGGCAACAACGGUGCGACCCGUGUUCCUGGUGUCGUUGCCAGCGAUCCAGAAUGUCUUCAAUCUGAUCACAGAAAACCACAACCACAGACUGCCUCAAGAGGCUCACGUGCUGGUAUGCAGGGCUUUGUCCAACAUGCUGCUCUUACCAUGGCCCAGCUUACCCGAGGCGGAGCAGCAGUGGCCAAGCCGAUCGACCAGUCACGCCCGGCUUGUCAGCACCCUCACGCAUCAGUACCGCCUCUUACCACGCCCACCUGACCAUCACACCAACAGUAAAGUGGUCCUGCAGCAGACCCUGUGCGUACUGAGGGAUGUAGUGGACAGCAUAUCUGGAGAAGCCACCAAAUCUCGUCAGAUUUGUUACCAGAGCCUGCAGGAGUCAGUUCAGGUCACACUGGCCCUGUUUCCACUGUAUAUCCAGCAGCCUGAUGUGACUGAUGAGAUGCUGAGUUUCUUCCUCACGCUGUUCCAGGCUCUGCGGGUGCAGAUGGGAGUAGCCUUCACUGAGCAAAUCAUUCAGACCUUCCUCAGCAUGUUCACCAGGGAUCAGCUGGCAGUCAGCAUCUUACAAGAGGGCAGUGCUGGUUCAAAAGUGGUUGAGAAAUUCCUCAAGAUUCUACAGGUUGUGGUUCAAGAACCUGGUCAGACCUUUAAGCCGAUGUUACCUAGUAUCCUCAGCCUUUGUAUGGAGCAGGUUUACCCUAUUGUGGCAGAGCGCUCCUGUCCAGAUGUCAAAGCUGAGAUGUUUGAGCUGCUCUUUCAAAUCCUUCAUCAGAACUGGAGGUUCUUCUUUAAGACUUCAGUCCUAAGCAGUGUUCAGAGAUCUGGAGCAGAAGAGCACAUGGAGAACCAGGCACAGUUCAUCGCAGCCAUGCAGGCUUUUGGUCAGUCCUUCCUACAGCCAGAUAUCCACAUCUUCAAACAGAACUUGCGCUACCUGGAGAUUCUUAACAGCAAACACAAACUGUAUCACAGGAAGCUGUUUCGGAGCUCCAUGCUUUUCCAUUUUAUUAAUGUGCUGCUGCAAGUUCUCCUACACAAGAGCCAUGACCUUCUUCAGGAUGACAUCACUCUGGCCCUCUACAACAUGGCUGCUGUUGAUUUCCAAGCUUUCUAUUCUUCGUUUCUGCCAGAGUUCCUCAAUGGCUGCCAAGGCCUCGACCCACACCAACGCACAACACUCGCUCGCAACUUCACACCAGAGAGGGACCUGCCAUCGUUUUCUCAGGGAGUGUACAGGCUGGUGAAUGACCUGCGUUUCUACAGACUGUGCAAUGGAAGCUUGCCACCAGGGACCCUGAAACUAUAGCAAUGUGCCCUACUUGCCACACAGCCAAACAUGGCCCGUCUGUGCAAGGAUGCCGAUCACUUCCACUGUAGUGAUCAAGCCACAGCCUUUGCUAGGGGCCAGCCUAUGAUCUCUUUAAGGGCGUGUCAUAAGAGCCACACCCCCCGUUUGCUACGGGGUUUGUUAGUCAGCUUAUGUUUAUUUCAGCAAAAUUUCACACGUUGCCAACGAUCAUAAGGCCAAAGUGUACGUUCCACUGCUGCAAUGGAGAUCAGAGCGCUCUUGACGAAGGUUUAAAGUGAAGCAACUUGGUGUUUGAAAUGAUCGGAUUCGGUUUGUAAGCACUCUGGUUGAAGCUUCGCUGCUGCGUUUCUACAGAGGCCGACUGUGUUUUGAUCAUAGAGCAGUGUUCUUUUAACAAGGUGGUGCAGUUGGAAGCACUCGAAUGCGGUUAGUAACGAACAGUUGUGGUUUAAAGCUGUUUGAGACGGACUCUUGAUUGGGUUGAUGGUGAAUGAGACGGAGUGAAAAUUGGUUUUUAAGUGGACUACUAUGAUUCAGAGCGACAUUUCUUUUGUCUUGAUUUUAGCGCCUUCUCUUCAUCUCCUCUGAGACGGACUCUCACUCCUCCUUUCAUAUCAUUCCAUCCUGAUCCAGGAGACACAAACGUUCAAUAAAGUUUUAUAAUGAAGAA